AUGGGCGGUGAUCCAAAAUUGCUUGAAAAGGAAGGACUUUGUCUCUUGUCUCUCGAUGGUGGAGGAGUGCGAGGGUUGUCCUCGUUAUACACAUUGCGAUCAUUGAUGAAACGCCUGAAUAAGGAACGUGGUGCUCCCGUCAAACCCUGCGAUCUCUUCGAUCUAAUUGGUGGAACAAGCACUGGAGGGCUUAUCGCCAUCAUGCUCGGCCGACUCGAAAUGGAAGUCGAUGAAUGCAUCCAGUCGUACGUAGACUUGAUGGGGAAAGUCUUCCACAAAGGGCGGGUCUGGAACCCAUUUUCGAUAACUCUUGCUGGAAACAGAAGAGCUCGAUUCGAUUCACGAAAGCUUGAAGAAGCUAUCAGAGCAGUAAUUUUGAAGCAAAACAUCAAUCCAGAUGAGCCAUUCAAUGACGGUAAAGUCCGAGGAUGUAGAGUCUUUGUUUGUACUACAUCAAAACGAUAUACAAACACGGCCACCACAAUCUUGAGGAGCUACGAUCCUCCUGAAGAUGUGUUAACAUUCUACCCUACAAUAAUCGAAGCCGCCCUCGCGACGUCUGCAGCGCCAACCUUUUUUGACGAUGUGCAGAUUGGUGAGCGUGGCUUUGUUGAUGGUGGUUUGCAGCUGAACAACCCCGUGGCCAAAGUCGAGGAGGAAGCAUCUGAUAUUUGGUGCCCCAAAAAUGGGGAACUGAAACCCUUGGUGAAAUGCUUUGUUUCGAUUGGUACCGGAUACCCCAAGGAAGUCACUGUCCAAGACAGAACGCUACGUUUCCUAGCGGUGACAGCAGUGAGCCUUGCCAGCGAAACGGAAAUCACUGCCAAGGAAUUCAUCAAACGCUGGCGAGGCCACUAUGAUGAGAAUCGGUACUUUCGUUUCAAUGUCCAGCAUGGGCUUGACAAGAUUGGCCUUGAGGAGUACCAGAAGCGGGGAGCUGUCGAAGAGGCAGCGGAGAACUACUUGAGCCAGCAAGAGCUGAGAGGCAGCCUACGGAGAUGUGUUGCAAACCUGAAAGAGAAAGAGAGUGUGUGGAUCGACAACUGUGAUUAUGCAUAG